CAAGGCCAGGGAAUGCAAAUGUCUCCCAUGAUUCCUCUCAUUCGCCUGCCAAAACAUUCACUUCAGAGAAUCGUGGGUACAGCGUGGCAUGGGUCAACAUCCCUACGAACUGUGGGAGAGGCUAUAUAGGCGAAAAAUCUGGAAUUUUGAGCCUCCUUGUUAUGAGGCCUUUGCUGUGGUGUUGCCUUGGAAAGUUGUUUGGGUAUAUUGUCUGCGUGUCUUCAUUUUUUAAAGUAUUUUUUUUAAUCCCUUGAAACUGAGGAUGUAGGGCUCAUGAAACCAGAAAAUAUCAGGUCUGACCAAAAGAGAAGAAAAGGAGGGGGGGAAGAACCAAGAACCACCCCACCACAACACACAGAGCUCUGUCUAUUGAAAGAGGACUUGGCAGAGUUCAGUGGUGGAAGAACAACUCCAAGCGGUACUAAGGGACGUGCCCGGAGUGGACAAAUCAUGCUAAUUGUGUGCGAGAAGGAUCUAAAACUAAACCCAAAAUGAAGAGAGGAAGGGAAGUCUUGUCCAGAGUUCUCAGUGUUUCGGGUUUCGUGCACGUAGCUUGCCUUCUUAUAAUCUACUAUACAGAUCUGCUUGAGGGAGUCAAUAUCACCAGCCCAGUGCUGUUAAUUCACGGGACUGUUGGCAAGCCUGCCCUGCUCUCUGUGAAAUACACCAGCACCAGCAGCGACAAACCCGUGAUCAAAUGGCAAGUCAAGCGUGACAAGGCCGUGACCGUGGUACAGUCGAUCGGCACCGGGAUCAUUGGUAACCUGCGCAUGGAGUACCGGGAUAGGAUUAAGAUCUUUGAGAAUGGAUCCCUGCUGAUCAAUGAGUUGCAGCUGUCCGAUGAAGGGACCUAUGAAGUCGAGAUCUCCAUUACAGACGACACGUUUACCGGGGAGAUGAACAUUAACUUAACGGUGGAUGUUCCAAUUUCAAAGCCACACGUUGCCCUGGCCUCUUCGACUGUGCUGGAGCUCAGUGAACAUUUCACCCUAAACUGCUCCCAUGAGAAUGGCACAAAGCCCACAUACACGUGGCUAAAGGACAGCAAACCCCUCAGCAAUGACUCCAGGCUGAUCCUCUCCCAUGACCAAAAAGUGUUGACCAUCACCAGAGUGCUUAUGUCUGAUGAUGACACGUACAGUUGCCUAGUGGAGAAUCCCAUCAGCAAUGGCCGCAGUGUUCCCAUAAAACUGACCGUGUACAGAAGGAGCUCCCUCUAUAUUAUUCUCUCCACUGGGGGGAUUUUCCUUCUGGUUACCUUAGUGACCGUCUGUGCCUGUUGGAAACCAUCCAAGAAGAACAAACGGAAAAUGGAGAAGCAAAGUUCCUCCGAAUACGUCGAUCAGAACGAUGAGCACUUAAAACAUGACGUUGAGAUUAUCCCUCGAAGCGGAGAGCAGGAACGCAAGAAUCCAGUCGCUUUGUACAUCCUGAAAGACAAAGACUCCCCGGAAGCCGACGAGGAAUCCCUUCCCGAUUCCCGCAACACUGCCGAACCCUCUCCGCCCAGCUACUCUAACUCUCCGCCUCCUCCCGGAAGAUCCCCGGGACUGCCUGUCCGGUCUGCUCGUCGAUACCAUCGCUCCCCAGCCAGGUCUCCGGCCGCCUCCAGAACACACAUUUCCCCCACCAGGUCCCCCAGCUCGCCAGGGCGUACCCAAAACACUGCGCGUUUGGUGCGGACUGCUGGAGUUCAUAUCAUCCGGGAGCAGCAGGGGGAGCCCAGUGCCGUGGAAAUCAAUGCCUAAAGGCAGCUGGCAAUGCGUGUAUGUGUGCGCUUACGUGCGCAUAUGUGUGUGUGUAGCGAGGAAGCCUCGUUGUGCCUGUACGUGUGUUCGGGGAUAGCAAUGAGCUUGCUCUGGGCGUGUUUUUGCACAUGCCAAUGCCCGUUUCCUAUUCUAGGAAAGACGCCAGAGCUCUGCUUGUAGAGAAAAGUGAAUCACGCAGUGUUCCGCUGGUUGGCUGGAGCCGCUUUACAAGGUUUACAGUAGGUUCAGUGCUCCUGCUUCUGUACAUUUUAAAGUCAACUAACUUUGCUAUUUGUAACACCCAAGGGACAGCACACCGUUGUUGCCGGAACUUUUGCUUUAGAGAAGGAUGCCCAGCUAAGGGACGUCAAGCAGGCCGUGGUACCUUGUGCCUCUACAGAUGUUUUGCCCUACAAUUCCCAUCAGCCCUCACCAUUGGCUAUGCUGGCAAGGGCUGAUGGGAGUUGUAGCCCAAAAGAUCUGGAGGGCCAAUAAACAGCCCACCCCUGCCAUAAAGCCUGGUGUUUGCAUGCAAGCACCUUGAGACUUUUGUACACAUUGGUAAUUAACCCAAUGGGAAUGGAUCCACAAGUCGUAUAUCUCA